ACCACCCCGUCGUCUAGUUUAGUCAUACUUUCACAUUCGUUCGGUUCGGUUUGCUUGCUCGUAACGUCGAAGAUUUACAAUAUCUGCUUGCAAAAGCUGUGAUCUUUAGCUGCAAAAGUUGCUACGAUCGUGGCACCGGUAAUCGUGGCAAAACCGGAAAACAAGCGACGAACCUCCCUUUGUGGCAGACCGGGCCGGCACCGCAUGCGCGCCAAGGUCAGCGAAUAAUGUCCACCUCUCCUAGGCCAGGCUCCAUAGUGGGAUAGUGGUUUGUGAAUGGUGAAACGGAUUGAUUUACAGUGGUAACAACAGAACGAAAAAAAAGGUUACGCCGAGUAAGAAGUUGCAACAGCUUCAAACGCUCUCCCGCCCGCCAACAGCCCGACAGAACAAUGAAGCAAAAACGUGGCAGUCGGCUAUUCAAUGGGUUGGGUCUAAUUGUGGCACUGGUUUGGGUUGGGUGGCUGUCGGAGUGUGCCCACGCCGAAUAUAUACCACCCGGACCGAAAUACAAAUGCCCGGAAAAGACGAAACUCAUCUAUCCCUGCAUCUGCACCCACGGUACGGACGACGGUAUCUACAUCCAGUGUGAAAACUCCAACCUGGCCAGCCUCUCGGUAGCGUUCAUCAAUCUGGCCAGCACGAACGUACCGAUCGUGCAGCUACGCUUGAAGCGAUGCAAAAUCAAGAAUCUCUUCGGAACGCUACUCCACAAACUGUCCGUCAAGCAUCUCUACAUGACCGACACACCGCUCACCAACAUUGCCGAACACGCGUUCUACGGCAUCAACGAUACGCUGCAAGAGCUUCAUCUGGUACGGACCGAGCUGCCCGAGUUCCCAACGACGGCCUUUAAAAUUCUUGGCCUUCUCAAAGUCCUCAACAUCGAUGGACAUCAAAUCGAGAUGCUACCGAAAGGUGCGUUUGCUGGGGCCCAGUUCGAAGGGACCCUGGAGAAGCUACACCUGGUGAAUGGUCCUCUUGGCGAGUUGGCUGCGGAUAUAUUCGGGAGCUUGAAGAAAGUGAAAACACUCGAUCUUCAUGGGAAUCAGCUGACGGCGCUGAAGAAGGGACAGUUUAAAGGCAUGCGCGAGGUGGAGAUACUCGAUCUCAGCUACAACAAUCUCACCAAGCUUGAUGCUACGCACGUGUCCGACCUUACCAAGAUGACUUGGUGUAAUGUGUCCAACAAUGCACUGACGGAAAUUACAAGAGGAACGUUCGCCCGUAACACGGUACUCCGGGUGGUCAAUAUGGCCGCCAAUGCGAUCCGCAAGAUAGACGCCAACACAUUCCGCGGGAUGCGAUUCCUGCGACGGCUCUACCUGAGCGAUAACAUGAUCAGCGAUGUUGGGCGUGGAACGUUCGGAUCGGUCACGCGUAUCGGGACGAUCGAUUUGGCACGCAAUCGCAUAAAGAAAGUCGACUAUCAGAUGUUCUUCCAGCUGAACUAUGUUGAGUUGAUCGAUCUGGCCGAGAACGAAAUUACGGAAAUUCAAAAGGACUCCUUCAAGGAUCUCUACCUCACGCACAUCAACAUAUCGCACAACCGACUGGAAACGAUCGAGCCCAAAUCCUUCAUCAACUGUGCCAACAUGACCGUGCUCGAUCUGUCCCACAAUCUAAUCCGCGCCAUACCGCGUACCGCAUUCGACGAAACGACGUACGCCACGGAAUGGAUCGUCACACACAAUCUGCUCACAAACAUGACCCAACUGCCCCUUUCCAACAUGACCGGGCUAAAGAUCCUCAACGUAUCGUACAACAAUCUCGCGGAGAUACCGAAGAACACCUUCCCGAAGCUCUGGGAACUGCACACGAUCGAUGUAUCGCACAACAACAUCUCGCACAUCUACAACGCCGUCUUUCAGAAUCUGCUCUCCCUCCGCAAUCUCAACCUAAGCCACAACGCGCUGGAAAAGAUUGGCCCAUCAACGUUCGGCACCCUACCGACACUGCUCGAGCUAGAUCUCAGCUACAACCGGCUGCGUGACAUUACCCGUGGGGCUCUCGCCAAAACAACGGGCUUACGCUUUCUCCACAUGCAGCACAACAAGCUGGAGAAGGUGUUCCAGAUACCGAUUUCCCUGAACGAACUAAAUCUAUCGCACAACGAAAUCGCCGAGAUACCGGAGAAAACAUGGCCCACCAUGAAUUCGCUGCUAGGGCUCGAUCUUAACCACAAUCGGUUGGCGAACAAUCUGGCACGUGGAAGCUUUGCGGGUCUCCUAACCCUACAGCGUUUGCAUCUGGAGUCGAACGGGAUAUCCACCGUACCGAAGGACAGCUUUUCGGACCUUGGCACUAUGCAGUAUCUUUACCUCGCGCACAACAACAUUACGGAAUUGCCGAAAGGUGCGUUUGGCAGUUUGCCCAUUCUGUUCGAGCUGCAGAUAACGGACAAUGGGUUGGCAAGUGUUGCCGAGCGUGCGUUCGAUGGAUUGCUGCAGCUGCUGACGCUCAACAUGUCCAGUAAUCUGCUACGGUCGGUCCCGCAUGGAGCGUUCCUCGGGUUAGUCUCGCUGCGACGGCUCGAUAUGUCACACAACUUGCUUAGCUCGAUAGACAACAAGACGCACGGUUUGCUGGACGAUUGUCUCAGUCUGGAUGAGCUCAAUCUAAGCCACAAUCGUAUCAGCUUCGUGAGCAGGAAAACGUUCCCCUCGGACCCAUACAUCCCGUACCGGUUGCGAUCGGUCGACCUAAGCUACAACACAAUGUCCAUCGUGACGGGUGACAUGAAGGUUGGCACCACCACGCUUCACCGGCUAAAUCUUUCCCACAACAACAUUAAAGAAAUUCGCCCAAAUGUGCUGGGCAAUCUGACUUCACUCCGCGAGCUGGACCUCUCACACAACGAGCUGUCAAAGCUGGAGGAUGAAGUCUUCCGAAUGCCGGCCAACUUUACCACACUCUACCUGCACCACAAUAAGCUGUUCAAUGCGUCGUACAAUACGUUACUGAAGCUGGGUAACCUAACCCUGCUGGAUCUUCGUUCGAACGAGCUGACGCGCUUCGAACCGGAGCUUGUGCGGAAGAUGAAGUCCACCAACCUUACUGUGGCGCUUGGCGGGAAUCCGCUACAGUGUGAUUGCUACAUGCGACCACUGUUCCAUCAUCUCCGGUUACUUCCAUCGAUUGGCGAGUCUUAUAAGGAGCUGGAGUGUGCCGCUCCCAACUCGCUUGCCGGUGAGCGGUUGUACAAUGUGACGGAUGAACUGUUGGCGUGUGUACCGGCGGUUGAAGAGGAUGCCUUCCGCCCGCUGCCGGAUCUACGGUUCCGGGAGAUUGCUUACUUCCGGGGCCAGCUGGUUGUGAACUGGUACGUGGCAGCCACGUCUGACGUGGCCGACUUCUACGUGUACAUCCGCGAUCAGGCGAAUCACAUCAUCGUCGAGCGAACGGUCGCGUACAGCAGUCGAUCACUGGCGAUCGAUGGAAGCGACAUUCGGCCACAGGGUGAUCCCCAGCUGGAACUGUGCGUACUGGCCAAGUCUAGUGAUGGUGCAAUCAAUUUCCUGGACAGCCAGUGUGUACCGCUGCCGGCCGAUCUGGAAGCGGUCAAGCGACAGUACAACGCACAGUACAACUACAAGUACCCGCUCAAUCUGGCCAAGGCCAGCGCUCGGUCGCGGGCGAGCAGUGAUAUACGUGCGGGCGUAACCAUUCCACUAUUGCUCAUCCUUUGGCUGGCUGCUCUCCUGCAGUGCCGGAUGAUCUAGCGAUGAUCUAUCACCAAAACUGGGGGUGUAUUUAUUGUCCGUUAACGGUUACGAGCUUCUUAGAUUUAGCGUCCCUCAAAGCUCUUUUUGUUUCGGGGACCGGAUAGUGUUAAUAUAGUAGAUUGAGAUUAUACCAUAUAGACAAACACGA